CAGGUCGCCUGGUCUGAUAUAUGCGGCUACGAAGACUUAAAAGAAACAAUUCGCGGGGCAAUGGAGUGGCCUGUGAAAUACGCACAUCUCUUCAAGAAACAUCACAUCCCUAGUUCGUCCGGCUUACUCCUGUACGGACCUCCAGGCUGUUCAAAAACAAUGAUCGCCAAAGCCGUGGCCACUCAGUGUGGAUUUAAUUUCUUUGCUGUGAAGAGUUCGGAUCUGUUGAGCAAAUAUGUCGGUCAGUCCGAGAAAAAUGUGAGGAAUUUGUUUGCGAGAGCUCGUAGGAUGGCCCCGUCCGUGAUAUUUUUCGACGAAAUUGAAUCAUUAGCUGUCGCCAGGGAUAGAUCUGAUACAAAUUCGACAAACUCCCUCCUGUCGACCAUGCUCACGGAAAUGGAUGGUGUAGUUGCAUUGUGUGGGGUUUUUGUUCUGGGGGCCACUAAUAUGCCCUCUAGGGUCGAUAAGGUUAGGAGGGUAUAA